AGCUCAUUCUUCUCUUGUUUGAAGACCUGUGACAUCAUCAAUAUUUCGGAUGGCUACACCAAGGGCUCUCGAGAGCCCGGACCUGUACAACAUCGGCUGGAUUACCGCCCUGCCCAUCGAGCGAGCCGCAUCGACUGCAAUGCUUGACGAACGUCAUGAUAAGCCUUGUGGCUUUGUCCAGCACCCAAGUGACACGAAUUCGUACACUUGGGGCAGGAUUGGCGAACAUAACGUUGUCAUCGCCUCGCUUCCUGCGGGCCAAAUUGGGACCACUCCCGCCGCGACAACGGCAUCGAACCUACUCGCCUCCUUGCCACAAAUUCGAGUCGCCUUGCUUGUGGGCAUCGGUGGCGGUAUUGCCCGGCCGGAGGAGGGACGGGACAUAAGGCUCGGGGACAUUGUGGUCAGUCAGCCACAAGGGACAACCGGCGGCGUGGUGCAGUAUGACCUAGGGAAGGCGAAGCUCAACAAGGAGUGGGAGCAGAGAGGAUUCCUCAGCGCGCCACCACCGGUCCUGCUGCAUGCAUUGGCAGCGAUACAGGCCGAAUACGAACUCGGGGAGUCAAGGAUAGCGAAAUUCCUUGACGGCACGCCAAAGCUCAAGAAGGGCGUGAGCGGGUACUCUCACCAAGGCUUCGAGAAUGACCGACUCUUCAAAGCCUCCUUUGAUCAUACAGGCGCAGCAAACUGCUCCAGGUGCAAUGAUGAGGAGGCGAUAGAACGCAUUCAGCGGGAUACUACUGAUCCAGAGGUUCAUUACGGCAUCAUCGCCUCCGGGAAUACCGUGGUGAAGAACGCUCUCACUCGUGACGAGAUUGUCCAGGAAGUCGGUGAGGAUUGCAUGUGCUUUGAAAUGGAAGCGGCCGGCCUGAUGAAUCAUUUCCCGUGUCUCGUAAUACGGGGAAUUUGUGAUUAUGCUGAUUCGCAUAAGAACGAUCGAUGGCAACGCUAUGCUUCUGCUACGGCAGCGGCUUAUGCAAAAGACCUCCUAGGCUAUGUGCCAAUCAGAGGGCUUCAGGAAACACCGCGAGCUCUGGAUAUUCUUAGGUCAGUCCACCAGAAUAUCCAGGAGAUACACACUAUCGCCAGCGAGACAAAGUCGGGAAUCAAAAGCCUUCAAUCUGACAGCCACCACGCGAAGCUCAAGAUGUGGCUCUCGCCCCCUGAUAUAUCCACCAACCUUACCGACGCACUCAAGUGUCGACAGCAAGGAACUUGCUCCUGGCUCCUCCAAAGCGAGAAAUAUCGGGAGUGGAAAAGUGGAAAGCGCCAACACCUCUGGCUACAUGGGAUCCCCGGCUGUGGGAAGACGGUUCUUAGCGCUGCCAUCGUCGACGAUCUAAUGCAACAACUCCAGACUCCACAUGUAGUCCUCUUCUUUUACUUUGAUUUCAAGGAAAUCGAGAAGCAGUCACUCAAUAAGAUGGUUCGCUCGUUGGUUACACAGCUAUACUCAAGCUGUGUAGAUUCUCGCGCGGAGUUGGAGAAGCUCUUCUUAUUCUGCGAGAAGGGCGACCGGCAACCAACAGAAACAGCCCUUCUCACAACUUUCCUGGAAAUGUCCAAACAUGCAGAAAAUCUUCAAAUCGUACUAGAUGCGUUGGAUGAGUGCUCUAUGCGAGGGGAUCUACUCAAGUGGCUUGAAACAUUGUCAUUUUCUGACCACAAAGGACUCCAUCUUCUCGCGACCAGUAGGAAAGAAGAAGAAAUUGAAUCCGGACUUGGGCACUGGCUCGACUGUACAAGCACUAUCCUCAUACAAAGUCACAGUAUUAAUCAAGAUAUCCGCACCUACUUGCACGAGACACUGCGGAGUGAUCGCGGAUUUGACCGGUGGCAUCGGCGACCAGAGGUAUUGGACGAAAUUGAGGUGGAGUUGAUGCUAAAGGCCGAUGGAAUAUGGGUCGUGUGUCAGAUUGACAGUCUGAAGCACUGCCUAGAUCUUCGAAAGCUUCGACGAUCCUUGCGCACACUUCCUGCCACUUUGCAAGAGACUUAUGCGCGAAUCCUGAUUAAUAUUCCGGAGAACUAUCGCAAAGAGGCAAUCCGGAUCAUGCAAUUUCUCACUUACUCGGAUCGGCCUCUGACAGUUGAUGAAGUUGUCGAUAUAAUAGUGGUCGAGCCGGACGAAGACCCCCUCUUUGAUCCUACAUUCAGGAUGCCGGAGACUCGAGAGAUCAUGAGGAUUUGUUCAAGUCUUGUCUCUCAGGUAACAAGACGAAGAGGCGAGAGCACAAUUGAAGAGCUUCAGCUGGCGCAUUUUACCGUUCAACAAUAUCUAGAAUCUGACCGAGUUGAUGGAGCUCUCUCACUGAUGACCGUUGCUGUCGAUUCUCCUUGUUGCCCAGGUGGAUCAGGGUCUUUCCAAGGAUGCCUGCGACGAGCCACUGCAAAGGGUGAUAUGACUAGAAUCUGCCUUGCCUAUCUAUCCCAAGUGGACGAAGGAAAAUCGCUCACAGCAAUAAAGAAAGAGCUCCCUUUAGCCAAGUACUCGGCGGAAUCAUGGAUCGGCCAUGCAAGAUAUAGCGAGACAAGACCCGACGUGGAGAAAAGCAUCCUGAACUUUUUUCUCCGUCAGAGCCAAGCAUACGCAGUAUGGGGUAAGCUCUUCGAUCUGGAUCAGCCAUGGAAUGGACCGCUGUGGUGGGCAGAUAAGAAGAUGGCACCUCCCUUGUACUACGCAUCAUUAGCCGGUCUUCAACACACGGUUCUUAGGCUGUUGGACAAUGGCGCUGAGGCCAAUGCUGAUGGCGGCGAUUACGGUAAUGCACUCCAGGCAGCUUCAUCAGUCGGUGAAACACACAUAGUGCGGCUGCUACUGGAACAUGGUGCUGACGUUAACGUACAAGGUGGACUUUAUGGCAACCCACUACAGGCCGCUUCAAUCAAAGGUCACAAGGAUGUAGUACUGCUGCUGCUGGCUCGAGGCGCUGAGAUCUAUUCGCAAGGAGGUCUCUACAGCGACGCACUUUAUGCCUCGGCAGCUGAAGGGCAUGAGGAGAUCGUGCGGCUUCUUAUCGAUCACGGUGCAAAUGUCAAUUUUCGAGGUCGCAUUCAUGUGAAUAUAGUCAAGAAUGCCCCUUUUAAUGAUCACGAGGAUCUUGUGCGGCAGCUACUUGCUCAAGGUAUAAAAACUUGCAGACCCCAAAAUAGCACAAUCCAAUCCUUUUCUGUUGAAGAACACGAGAAGAUGACUGAGGUAUUGCUGGAUGACAAGAGAAACGCCAUGGUACAAAAUAGCAUCUAUGGGAAUGCACUUCAUGCCGCUUCCAUACAAUGGCGCUUGGGGAUGAUUUCACUUGCUGAUCGAUUGAUUAAUCCGAGCACGCAUUUAGACAUUGCAUUCAAGGGUCAAGACGGGUCAACAGCAGUGGCCAUAGCGUCAUUCGGUGGCCAUGUCGGAGUGGUUCAGCUCCUUGUUGAGAAAGGCGCAGAUAUCAAUAUGGCAGCCAACGAUGGCACGACUCCUCUGGUCCUGGCAACUCUUGGGAGUAAUUUUGAGAUUAUCAGAAUCUUAGUGAAACAAAACGCGGAGGUUGGUGUUGGGUCAAAUAUGGGCUUCUCGCCGAUGCACUUAGCUGCAGGUUUUGGCCGUAUUGAUGUUAUCAAGCUCUUUAUUCAGAGCGGUGCUGACCCCGAUCAAAAAAUGCGUGGCGGAACCACACCACUACAUUUAGCGUCCGGAACAGGUCAACUUGACUCUGCUAAACUGCUUAUCGCCAAUGGUGCAAAUUGUGACUCUGCAGAUAAAGAUGGAAUUACACCACUCCAUAAUGCAACACAGAAAGGCUUUCUUGACAUUAUCAAACUACUGAUUGAAAACGGCGCAAAUUGCGAUUCUGCAGAUAAAGAUGGAGAUACACCACUUCAUAUUGCAACACAUAAAGGCUUUUUUGAUAUUGUCAAACUCCUGAUUGAAAACGGCGCAAAUUGCGAUUUUGCAGAACAAGAUGGCAAUACACCACUUCAUAUUUCAACACAGAAAGGCUUUCUUGAUAUUGUCAGACUCCUGGUUGAAAACGGUGCAAAUUGUGAUUCUGCAAUUAAAGGUGGAUAUACACCACUUUAUAUUGCAAUAUACAAAGGCUUUCUCGAUGUUGUCAAAAUCUUGAUUGAAAACGAUGCUGAAUGCAACACUGCAAAUUGUGACGGCUGGGCACCACUGCAUCUUGCAUCUCUGAAUGGUUACUUGGAAAUUGCUAGACUUCUGAUUCAGAACGGUGCUGACUGCAAUAGUGUGACUUGUGAGGGGUGGACACCACUUUAUCUUGCGUGUCAGGAUGGUCACUUGGAGACCGUUAGACUCUUGAUUGACAGUGGUGCAGUUUGUAGAUCUAUGGUCAACCUUGCACCGCCGCCGCUUCACAUUGCCUCACAGAAUAAUCACCUGGAAGUUGCCAGCUUUCUUCUUACACGCGGAGCACAAAUUAAUGCUAGGGAUAUUGACGGGUACACAGCUUUGUACGUUGCUUCUGCUCAGGGCCUUAUCAACAUGGUUCACCUAUUUCUCGAGAGAGGUGCCGAUUUAAAUAUCACAAGCAGUAAUGGAUGUAGUCCAUUAUAUAUCGCAUUUAAGUUUGGCCACACUCAAACUGCUCAACUUUUGAUUCAAUCGGCGGCUGACAUUGAGCUCAAAGACAACAAUGGUUGGACACCAUUGACCCUAACUUCAUUCAAAGGCGAUCUUGAGGGAGUUCGGCUACUUCUUACACAGGGAGCCUAUAUAAACCUCUUACUCCAUUCGUCAGCCGACUUUGAACUCAAAAACAACGACGGCUGGACACCAUUGACCCUGGUUUCAUUCAAGGGAAACAUUGAGGGAGUUCAACUGCUUCUCGACCAGGGAGCAGAAAUCAAUGUAAGAAGUAACGACGGACGUACGCCACUAUAUGUCGCCUCUUCUAUGGGACAUAUGGAUGUGGUACUCUUACUUCUCGAAAGAGGCGCGGAUGUCACGCUGGCGAAUGAUCGCGGUCUCAAUCCUGCUACAAUAGCUUCAUCAAAGGGUCAAGCCAGUGUAGUCCAGCUGCUUCGUCAAUAUGGUGCCGAUGUUUGA